CAUGAAGUUAAGGUUCUCACUUUGUUCUGCAGAGGAUAUAUGGCCCCUGAAUACGCACUAUGGGGCUGCUUGACCUACAAAGCAGAUGUCUACAGUUUUGGAGUUCUUGCAUUAGAGAUUGCUGCUGGAAAAAGCAAUAUGACAUAUCGCCCCAAUGAGAAAUUUGUGUGCCUCCUAGAUUGGGCCCUUGUUCUACAAAAGCAAGGAAAACUGAAGGAAGUGGUAGAUGCAACAUUGGGCAGUAAUUUGAACGAGGACGAAGCUCUAAGGAUGUUAAAUGUAGUUUUGCUAUGUACCAGUCCAUCUCCAGCACUUAGGCCAACCAUAUCUGCUGUAGGCAACCAUGUCUGAGUUUACUAUGGAAUCAAGAUUCUAUGAUGAU